AUGGAGAAGUUAACUGAUUCAGAACUCAUUGAGUUGAACAAAACCAAUCUGCCAAGAACUAUGAAUGAGAUUCAAGAUCGCGCUUCUUCCGUUCUUUUACUUAAUCUGCAAUGGAAAGAAAUGGAGGAAGUUUUGGACUCCGUUCAAAGCUCAGUCGAAGAACGACUCAAAGAAGUGAUUUCAAAAGAAGGUGAGAUAAAAGAAGAUGCUAACAAGAUUGAAAGAAAUGAGAAAUUUGUUAAAGAGCAAUUUGAGAGGCUUAAAAGUAAAGCGGAGGAAUUAGGGAGGCAAUUUAGGGGUUUGGAGGCGGGAAAGAAGUGUUACGAAGAAAGGCUAAGAGAAGUUGAGUUAGCGCAGAAGCAACUUGAAGAGAAACAGGAGGCGUUUGUGUUAAAGCAAAAGGCUUUUGACAUGCGUUGUAGGGAUUUUGAGUUAGAGAAGAAGGAAGUUGAGCGACAUCGUAAAGAUCUUGAAUUAAGCGUAAAACGAAGUGAGCAGCAACGUGAAGAGGUUAAGUUGAUGAAGGAACAGGUAAAAGAUAAGUUGGAGGAAGUUAGGUUGAAAGAGAAAGAUUUGGAGAAGUGCUUGAGUGAGUAUGAGUCGAAAGAAGAGCAAUUUAGGUUGAAAGAGAAGAGUUUUGAGAAGCGGUGCAUGGAGUUCGAUUUGCAAGAAAAGGCUACGGAAGAACGUCGCAGAGCUAAACAGCAAGUGGUUGAGUUUCCAAAUGUGAGAGACGGAAAGAAAGGUGUUGACAUGCCUAUGCCUAAUGCAGCGAUGCUCAAAGGGUCAGGAACUUCAAGAAAUGCGAAGAAGAGAGGGAGGAAGUCAGUAGAAGAAUCUGAUGAAAAUUGUGAGACUGAUAGUGAAGCUGAAACUGAAACUGAAGAGGCUCUUGGUACUAAAGUCAAAGCUGGAGAGUCUAAAGGGAAGGAAGUGGAACCUGUUAGUAAGACUGAUAAAGUGCCCCCGGUUAUUAGUCAUUCAGAAUCAGGUGCAGGAGUGAACCUAUCUUCUGAGGUGCUUGAAUAUCCAGAUCCAGAGUUUAGCGAUUUUGAGAAGCAGAGGGCAGAGAACUGUUUUGCUGUUAAUCAAGUAUGGGCUAUAUAUGAUUCAUUGGAUAGCAUGCCAAGAUUUUAUGCACGGAUCAAGAAGGUAUUCAAACCUGGCUUCAAGUUACGAAUUACUUGGCUCGAGGCUGACCCGGACGAGGAAAAUGAGCAGAAUUGGGUUGAUCAGAAUCUGCCUGUUUCUUGUGGUAAGUACUGCAAUGGAUUAACAGAGGACUGUGUAGAUCGUCUAAUGUUCUCUCAUCGGAUUUAUCCCAUAAAAUCUUUUGGUAAAUUCGGUUGCUUGGUGUAUCCUAAAAAGGGGGAAGUUUGGGCUCUCUUCAAAGAUUGGAAUAUUAAAUGGGCUUCUGAGCCAGAAAACCAUAAACCUGCAUACCGGUAUGAUUUUGUGGAGGUUCUCACUAAUCUUGACAAGGAAAUGGGCAUUUGGGUCUCUCAUUUGGACAAAGUGAAAGGGUUUGUUAGUAUUUUCAAACAAACUGCACGAGAUGGGGUUAUUUGUUUUCGGGUGUCAUCAGGGGAUCUAUAUAGGUUUUCUCAUCAAAUUCCAUCAGUUAAAAUGACUGGUAAGGAAAGAGAAGGUGUUCCUGUGGGAUCAUUUGAGUUGGAUCCUGCUUCUCUUCCUACCGACUUAAUACUUGAGAAAGAAUGA